GACUUGUUGCGGGAAAAACUUGUUUACCCGUUUUGAACGGUUCAUCGUCACGUGCGAAUAUCGUGACCAGAGAUUCAACAAGAAAUAAGGAUUUAACUCACUCAGGUAUCUCUCUCCUCCCCCCCCCCGAUCUCUAUAGCUCCUCUUCAUCGGCCUCCAUGGAGUCGGAGGGGACGGAAUCACCGCCGAGGAGCGCGCCGGCGCCCGUAGCCGAAGUCUUCAACUCCAUCCGGGAGCGCACCAUCGCGGAGAACAGCAUGGUGGUCCUGCUGCAGGGUCUGCAGGGCGAGGUGACCACGGUGGACCUGAGGAACGAGAGCGCGGCGCGGGGCCGCGUGGUCAACGUGGACGCCUUCAUGAACGUACGUCUGCGGGACGUGCUCUACCGCGACGGCCGCGGCGAGCUCUCCGAGCUGCGGGACCUGUUCAUCGCGGGCAGGAGCGUCCGCUACGUGCACAUCCCGGACCACGUGGACAUCGUGAAGACCAUGCAGGGCCAGCUGGCCAAGAUCCACCGCGUCCGCAACUUCGGCAGCCGCGGAGGAGGAGGAGGCCGAAAGGAGUACGCCAAGAAAACUAAAUGAGUUGUUUUGUUUCACGUGGAAAGUAAGAGAACACGACUUGUGCGAGACUACGACAAUAAUACAUAUUUUUACCCUAGCUAUGUGGGGCUACGCACGGCGCCCGACCAGAGGGGUCGCGCUCGGGUGAGGAUGGCAAAUAUGUCGGCAACACAACAAAUACUAUCUGACAUUUUUCUUCUUCGUUGGUGUGAACAUACGAGAUACCUUGACCUCCUCGGGCCUCUAACAACCCUUCAUAUGACAUCAUCUUAAAAAGGGAAGAGGCGGAGGGGUCUAAAAACACCCAGCCCCCCACUGAUGGUGACUUGGGGUCAUGAGAGGAAGAAGUUUGGCUAUAGACAAUUUAUUUGCUUCUAGGACUGCAAUAACAAUUUGUUUUUAUUAUUACAUGUUCUUGACUAACUUAUGAAUCUAGAGAAUGUCACAAAACUGAAGAAUGAUAAACUUCCCAGAGCCUAAAUAUCAUCUUGUUAUCUCACCAGAACACACAUGUAUAGAGAGAGAAUGAUUUUGGGGUUGUUGUUUUUUUUGCAUGAAAUAAUUGAAAUUAUUAAUCUAUUUUUAAAAUCCAUUUCCUCUCAAUGGAUGAGUCCUUUUGAUUGUUCCACAAACACAUCAGCAUCUUGGAUGAGCUCAUGAGUUGGAUCGCCUCCCUUGUGUUUUGGUAAUUGCGUUAAAAAAGUUUGUAAUUGACACAAAAUAUGAUUUUUUUCUUUUCUUUUUCAAUACAAAUUAUGAAUAAAGACACUUGAAAUGAA